AUGACGGUACCAGAACGACCGUCAAUCGCCGUUACGGCUGCCAACAAGACUGAGCGUCACGAUUUCGCAGAGUCAUCGACACCUCCACUACAGUCUUCACUCUCUCCCACACCGAGUCCCCCUCAAUCGCACCAGCGGCCCAUCUCUCCCAAACCCUCGACCUCGUCGUCCAAGAAGGCCGCAGAGCCCACGCGUCCCAGAUGGAUCCUCCACUUGCAGGCCCAGAUGUGGCGCUUCCUCAUGGGCAUUGGCAUGCUGCUCCACCGCAUGGCUCCUCCUCAUCCGCCCAAACCCUCGUUCAAACGUUCAAUCAAGGCCACCGUCAGUUCCAAGCCUGGUGAUUUCGAUCUGCACUUCUACGUACCCAAGGACUACGAACAACACCGCCGAACAAACUUUGCAAAGAAGAAGUACCCCUGUGUCAUCAACUUCCACGGUGGAGGCUUCACCUUGGGCAGCCCUAGUGACGAUGCCCGCUGGUGUGGAACCGUCGUCGAUGAAUGUGCUGCUGUUGUAGUCUCGGUCGACUACCGCCUAGCCCCGGAGAACCCUUUCCCUACCGCUGUCGAGGAUGGAGUAGACGCUGUUCUCUACAUGGCAGACAACGCCGACGAACUCGGCAUUGACGAGAACAAGAUUGCCCUUUCUGGCUUCAGCUCCGGUGCCAACAUGGCCUUCACCGUGCCUCUCCGCCUGUACGACCACCAGAGCGAGUUUGGCCGAAUUGCAACACACCAUGGCGCCUCUUCUUCGAUGCUCAGUCUGCCCAGGAGUCAGGAUGCAGCUUCGUCCAGUCUCAGUGUCGACCGGAUCGUUCGCAGCCGCAGCCACACUGUUGCUCCCACCCUGGCCUCGCUACAGAAACAGCAAAUGACUGUCAAGCAAGUCGAGUCUGUUCAGUCUGUAUCAAUCUGCGCAAUCGUCCCGUGGUACCCGUCCUGCGACUACACCCAAACUCGCGAAGAGCGCAGAAACACGUCCGUUCGCACUGACCAAGACCUUCCCGCCAUUUUCACAAACCUGUUCGACGAGUCAUACCUCCACCCUCCAGACACCAUCCCUCUGGACUCGCCCUAUCUCUCUCCUGGAAUUGCACCCACCGACCUCCUUGCCCAAGCCCUACCCCAAGAAAUCAUCAUGCAUACUUGUCAAUGGGACAUGCUCCUCGCUGAAGGUGAAAAAUUCCGCGACCGUCUAACCGGCAAAGGCAUCAACAAGAAUGUCCACUACAAGAUGAUUGAAGGCGUGCCUCAUGGCUGGGACAAGGCACCCAACCCUCUCAAACCCACUCCUGGCGUCAAGGAGCAUUAUCUCAAUGCCACCAACCAUUUACGACGAGUAUUUGCCAAGCAAGGCGGCAGUGCCCCUGAAGACGCAACUGUUGGUGGUGUCGCUGGCGAAGGCAGGAGAAUGAGUACAUUGGUGAAUUAG